AUGCUUCAUUCCGCUCGUGCUACCACACAUCAACACCCAUCGCACAUCAACACUGAUCAACGGCCAACCACCCCAACUUCAGAUGGCAUGGACUCCGACGCAAGCAGCAAGUAUUACUGGGAACCACCUGGGGCAACGGAGCCUGUUCCAGACCUAGACGAUGAUCUCGCGCAAUUGUCGCAGGAGAUUGAAGCGUGGGUUGGCACAAGACCUGACCCAUCAUCUCUCGAUAUUAUAGCGGCCUAUGACGAAUUACGCCAUCUCGAUAUCAAGGAGAGCUUGUUACUCGCGGAAAAGAAGAAGCGGUACGAAAACUGCCCGUCCCCGAAGCCUGCGACGAUGGUUAUACGAGACACACAAUGGGACGUCAUCUCCCACGUACUCGAGCCCCGACGACAACUAUUUCGUCUCAACGAACUGGAGCUAUCCCGUGGUAAUUUACGGCCUCUCAAUAUUACCGACGUGCCCCUAGACGUUUGGUAUAUCAUUUUUCACAGCUUCCAGGAUGACGCCAUCACGGAGGCUGCGCGCUGGCGCCACGGCGUUGACUGGCAUGAAUAUGAUAGAGAUCUCGAAAACCCAUUCAUGGCGGCCAACAUCCGGGGUAUCCAUGUUUCCAUUGGGAAUCGGCCAAAGGAGUACGCCGACAGCAUUGCACGAUUUAAGGAGAUCCGACUUGCAACCGUGGCCGGGUUCCGAGAAGGCUGCAGAGAUGAAAUUAGGUCCCACGAAGACUUCGGGCCCGAGGAGGCUGACGACGACAGCGAAUACAGGGCGACCGAAUUACGACGGGCGAUGAAAAAUUACAACCGUAUACGCCAUGAAUGGGCGGAAUACGUUCGUGCAGCAGAGAGCGGAGAAGCGCUUGUACGGCCACUCUCAAAAUAUCAGAAGAUCCUGCACGAAGGAUACGCCGAAUAUUGCCGUUUGAAACAGGAGCAGCAUGAAGUCCUCCAAAACGGCAAUUUUGCCAAUUCACUUGCGGCGGCCGCUUCGCAGAUGCCCAAUGUCCAUUGCUUUCAUUUCAGGGAGCUGGUCCCAGAUUACUGGAAGUACGACCACGUCGAAGCGCUGAAUGAUACCGAGAUCGUUUCUCGUUUGAUGCCGGUCUCGUGGGAUCCACGGGAUAUCGGGUACAAGUUUCUCGGGAUAAAGGAAGCGGUCCGUACUCUGGAACCUGACGGUUGGAGACACAGAAAGGCCCCCCUCUCCCACGAAGACAAGUCCCAUCUCGACACUUUCGUAGGGACAAUCCUAUCGCGGUGUGGGCAGCAACUACGCAGCUUAAAACUCAGCUUCAAUGGCGUGGUGAUUGACACCGGUGAGCGUGUUAGACACUCGUAUCCGGCCAAUUCCAUUCUCAGUACUCAGAAACUGUCUCAGAUACGUUACUUAAAUCUCCACUCCCUCAAACUCGACGAGAAAGCGCUCAAUACGCUCUGCCAUGGCCUCGGUAACAGCAUCUGGCGGUUCGACUUGUGCUGUAUUGCGGUAUACAACGGCGUCUGGGCAAAUGCCAUCGACAUUCUGCGCACCAAGAUGCCAGUCACGACGGCAACAGGCAUGGACAAGGGCCAGAGAGCUAGAGCUUUGGUGUCGCUCAAGUAUCUCUGCGGGGGAGAGUUUGGGCCAGAGUUCUCGAAGGACAAAAGUCCGCUUUCGCCAGCGGCGGAGAAGUACUUGAAGGGCAUUCUCGACCUCAAUCCAUUAAAGGGCCAGAAUUGA